AUGGACGAGGAUACGACUCGCGCGUCGCAAGAAAGUCCAGCUGCAUAUCUUCAUCUAGUAGACACCAGAAGCGAACACGAAUCUCAGCAAGUGUUUCCAGUGUGGGAGCGAGAAAUCUUCAAGAUUGGGCGAGACCCUCGUGCAAACACGUUGGCUGUCGAUAAUGACCUCAACGUUGCAGUUUCUCGAAACCACUGCGAAGUCUAUGUUGUGGUGUAUGAGCCAACUAUCAACCAUGUCUAUGUGCGGGAUCGAAAGUCUUCAAAUGGCACCUUUGUCAAUGGCCAACUCAUUGGUUCUGGUCCGGAUAUAAGCCCUGGCUACCUACUACAGAGCGGCGAUUUUACAGUCAUUCAAGAUCAGCCACCCCCUCGCCAUGAGUUAACAUCCUUACAACUGGAGGAAUGCAAGUUGUUCGCAAGCAAGUAUCACGUCAAUAACCAUUGCCUCGGGCAAGGAGCGGAAGCAGUCGUCUGCCUGGCAAACGACGUCCAGACGAAGAAGCAGUUAGUUUGCAAGUUGAUCAAUCUCGACAAGAUUCAAGGAAAGAAUUCUCAAGAGGAUAUCCGCCGCAAGUUUCAGGAAGCCGAUAUCUUGCGCCAGCUGCGACAUCCUAACAUUCUUCCUUACGUGGAUGCUAUCUCAUCACCACACUCACUCUACACCUUUACAGAACUUGCAUCGGGUGGUGAUCUCAUGUCAUUCAUCCUACGCCAUGGCACGGUCAAGGAACUCGACUCACGGAUCAUUAUACGUCAAGUUGUCCGUGGUCUUGGCUAUCUCCAUGAGAAAGACAUUGUUCACCGUGAUCUCAAACCAGAGAAUAUCCUCUUGGCGUACUCGCCUAAGAUUGCGUACCAUCGAGUCAUGCUUUCAGACUUUGGCAAUUCUGCCGUGCCUCGACGCAGCAGAAUGAUCACAAAUGCUGGGACACCAGGUUACCAAGCACCGGAGUUUGCAGCCGGUGGGCAAGCUCACACUGCGGCUGUCGACAUCUGGUCCUUAGGUGUUGUUGCACUGCUCCUCCUCGCAUCUGAUAACCACGACACAGAGCUCAACAAGAUGGGACAAGGAGACAUAAUCGAAUAUCUCACUAGACUGUUCAAUGGAUUGCAGACAAAACCCUCUCUUGAAGGGAUUGAAUUCGUCUGGAACUGUCUGAAAGUUGACCCAUUACAGAGAAUCAAUGCUUAUGGUGCGAAGACGCAUGCAUGGCUUUGUUCUCCGAAGAAGAAUCGGGAACUGUUCAAACGAAUGGACUCUAGAACACUGGCUUCUUGGAAACCUCAAGAUAAGCUCAAACCGAUGCCUUGGGUGUUACCUGAUCUUGCACCGAGCAACCCACCAACACCUACAAGAAGCCCAGGCUCAUCAAUCAGCCAAUACUUCACGACGACACCUACACGCUUUGAAACUACGACCACAAAGUCUAGAGACCGCGUUCUGGAGAUAGCCGCAGAACCUGACCCAGGAACUGCCACUCGUAAGACUACCUCGUCUUUCUCGGUGCCACCGCGUCCAUCCGGCACUCUAAGAGAGUCUGCGACUAAUCUAAAGAAGCCUCAACCUCCUUGGCAAGGGUUUCGUAAGCCUAACGGUUCAGCGAACACUGAAUUCCCAUCAAAACGCAAGAGAGUCCCAAGAGCCAGGACUCAUGAUACUGCGAAUCUUCCCCUCCCUGGGCUAGAGAGGCAUUUAAGAUCACCUACCAAUACCAAUCCUCGUUAUAGGCAAAACGUUCUUUCGGCUCUCGAGAGGACGAAGUCAAAGUUCCUCACAGACAGCAUCUCUCCUGUUCCGAGAACUCCUCUAGAUGCUCUCACUACCAGUGCAUUGGUUCCGCCAUCAAGCCCUAAGAAACGGAAGAGCAAGCGUGAUGUGAGGCUAAAGGGAUCGGUCGGGGCCAAUAUGCGGCACCCACCUCAGCUCACAUUCCGCUGAAGAUGGUCAGGAAAUGGUGGAAAAUGAAGGGAUAUAUUUAGGUCUGUGGAGUUACUUUGGGGCUUCACUUCUUUCUUCUAUGCGAAUUCCAUGGGAAAGGAAACAUUGAGAAUCACGAACUCACUCAAGUGCAACAACUACACAACCGAGGGAAACGAGGUUCAUAGAUUUGGGCGGAUGGGAUUGCGGAUUCUGACUGGGAACUUGCCUAUGACCACAGAUGGCUCUGGCUGUUUUGAUUGAUGACGGGGAAAGGCUGACAUGGGAUAGAUGGGGAUAUUUACAAAUAAUAAAUGCAUGCAGAUUGCCCCUUUUCGCUUUACCAUGUACUUAUUUUCCUUUUGGCGGAUCCUUUCAAGAAGUCUUGCCAUUUUUUAGGCAUCUUCUCUUCACCACUAUUAUUGCUUAAGUUACCACCGACCUCAGGCCACACUGGCAAGGCCUGGAUGCCCUCAGCCUGACCCUUAUUCAUCAGCCUCU